CUGAAAGCAACAGAAGACAAUUUGUGCUGGCAGAAUCGCUAAGUUGCACGUGAUGUGACCCAGAGUUGAAAUUUCAACUAUAGUUGGUGUAAAGGGCUACAUAAUGCGAGGUAAUGACCAGGUAUUACUGAAACACGGUCCAUUUCAAUCUCUUUACUAAAACACGCUAGUGACACUUUUGACAUAUUUGGGAGUAACCUGCAAUGGUCGCGUGGCACAUGGGAUAAGCUAUUCAACCCAACCAACAGUAUUUGUCUGCAACAAACCGCUCAUUUCAAAAGCGUUGCGUAGUCAAACUGAAUUAUUGAUGGAAAGCAAAAGCUUACCUUAAACGAACCAUUAUAAAAUACUUGCAAGACUGACUUUGGUUGAAACAAAUCAGGACUGGCUGCCAGUUGGGGACUAGAGAAAGGAUUUGUGAUGCUAUUUAAACCCAGCACAGAGAGCAAUUACAGCACCUAUCCCCAGUGAAGCCACGGCGAAUUUUUCAGGACGGGAGGUACCCUGCUUCUGUUCGCCGGCUUUGCAUACAUUUCGUUUGAUAUUUACAUCUUCUUCUUUGCGAGUAUGCAACAGGGAGGAGGGAGCAGGUGAAGAUGUGAGGUUUAAGCUAUCCUUGUUUGUAUGUCUCCUAUAUGUAGAUAACUGAAUAUGGGCGGUGUGAAUCAAGACAUGGAAGAACUCCACAAGCUCAUUCCCUGGGUUAUAAUUCUACUAUUGUCGUAUGGAGCUGGGAGCAUCAGCUGCGACGGGAACUACACGGAUCUCGCCUCCCUCCUCGACUUCAAGCGUGCAAUAUCCAACGAUCCAAUGGAGGCUCUGAGCUCAUGGAACACCACCGUCCACUUCUGCUUGUGGGAGGGCGUCGCCUGCAGCACGACGCGUCCCGGCCGUGUUGUGACGCUGAGCCUGAUAGGCCGAGAUUUGGCUGGGAAGAUCUCUCCUUCUCUAGGAAACAUGUCGUACCUCGUUUCCCUUAACCUCUCUGCAAACAAGUUGUCUGGUCAGAUACCUCCUCUUCUUGGCAAUCUGCACAACCUCAAGAUUCUGGACCUGAGGGAAAACGCGCUGCAUGGAAAUAUCCCUGAUGCGCUCACAAACUGUUCCAGCUUGAUUGCACUUGACCUUUCAAGAAACUUGCUCGUGGGAGAAAUUCCCAGGAAAGUAGGCCUCCUCUCCGCCAUGUCAUAUUUCAGGCUUAACGGUAACGGUCUUACCGGGACUAUUCCACCUGGUCUAGGGAAUAUCACAACCUUGCAGAACAUCUUUCUUCACGGAAACCAGCUCCAUGGAAGCAUUCCUGGGGAGCUUGGGAAACUACCCAAUAUGUUAAACCUGUUGCUUGGUGUAAACAGUCUGUCAGGCAGAAUCCCAGAAGCACUCUUUAACCUCUCUUCGCUGCGUCAGUUGGCCAUGGUAGAGAAUAUGCUAACUGGUCCGUUGCCGUCUGGAACUGGGGACUUCCUCCCUAACCUCACUCGGCUUCUUCUGUCUGGCAACAUGCUGGAAGGUCAGAUUCCAGACUCGCUAGGCAAUGCAUCAGAGCUGCGGCACAUAGCAUUGGGAGAUGAGCUUACUGGGCAGAUCCCAACGUCACUUGGUAAACUUCAGAAGCUCAUUUUGCUAAUGCUUCAAAACAAUAAACUUGAAGCAAAGGAUAGCGAAAGCUGGGCCUUCCUAGACGCAUUGGGCAACUGCACUCUUCUGGAGGGCCUUUCACUCAAAGGAACUCUGCUACAGGGGGUACUGCCAGAUUCAGUCGGUAACCUUUCCUCGAAUCUUGACACGCUCUUGUUCGGAAGCAAUAUGCUAUAUGGAUUGGUUCCGCCAAGCAUAGGAAACCUUCAUGGGCUAACUAAACUAGGGCUGGAGCUCAAUAGCUUUAGUGGUCACAUCGAUGGAUGGAUUGAAAAUCUGGUUAAUUUAGAAGAAUUAUACAUUGGGGGAAAUAACUUCACUGGGCAUGUUCCAGGUUCCAUCGGCAAUAUUUCAAAGUUGUCAAAACUAUUUCUAGAAUGGAAUCUAUUCUCUGGUCCCAUACCGUCAAGUUUAGGAAACCUUUCGCAGCUCUCUCUUUUAGACCUUAGAUAUAACAAUCUUCAAGGUGGUAUACCAAAGGAGGUUUUCACCGUAGCCACACUUGUUCGAUGUUCUUUAUCCCACAACAAUCUCGAAGGCCAGAUUCCUUAUGUUGCUAGUCUUAAACAACUCAACUAUCUUGAUCUUUCAUCCAACAAGCUUAGCGGCCAAAUUCCACUUACUUUGGGCACUUGCCAACAAUUGCAAAUCAUCCUAAUGGACCAAAACUUUCUAAGUGGAAGCAUCCCCGUAAUUUUCGGAAAUUUUAGUAUUUUGACCAUGCUCAACCUUUCUCAUAACAACUUCUCAGGUUCUAUCCCAGUUCCUCUUAGUAAACUACAACUUCUCACAUAUUUAGAUCUGUCUCACAAUCAUCUUGAAGGUGAAGUACCAACAGAAGGGAUAUUCAAAAACACUACAAGAAUUUCUCUUGAAGGCAACUGGCAGCUUUGUGGCGGUGUACUGGAUCUACAUAUGCCUCAGUGCCCCAAAGCUUCUCAGAGAAGAACUACAUGGCAACACUAUUUUGUAGUCCCCAUAUUAGGUGGUGUUGUGUCCAUCACAUUACUGAUUUAUUUCAUCAUCUCAAGAAAGAAGGUGUCAAGAGUACAACUAUCCACGCCUUUUUCCAGUGAGCAAUUUCCUAAGGUUUCCUAUAAGGAUAUAGCUCAGGCCACAGAAUACUUCGCAGAGUCUAAUUUGAUUGGGAGAGGAAGCCAUGGUUCAGUGUACAAAGGAAGGUUAAUAAUUUCAGAACCCAUGGUUGUGGUUGUGAAGGUUUUUAAGCUUUUUAUGGAAGGAGAUGAUAGCAGUUUCAUGUCAGAAUGUCAAGCUCUCAAAAAUAUUCGGCACCGCAAUAUUCUUCCAAUUCUGACUGCAUGCUCAACAAUUGAUAACAGGGGCAAUGAUUUCAGAGCUCUUGUCUACAGCUUUAUGCCCAAUGGCAGUUUGGAUACUUGGCUGCACCCAUCCAGCAAUAGAGACGCUAACAGUAAGUUGGAUCUGGCUCAAAGACUGAAAAUAGUUGUUGAUAUAGCUGAUGCAUUGCAAUAUAUCCAUCAUGAUUGUGAGAGUCCCAUUAUUCACCGUGAUUUGAAGCCCAGCAAUAUUCUUCUAGAUGAUGAUAUGACUGCUCAUCUAGGAGACUUCGGCAUUGCAAGGUUCUAUCUUGAAACAUCACCAACAGUUGGAGAUUCGAGAUCAGUUGGUACUUUGACGGGAACAAUUGGAUAUAUUCCUCCAGAGUAUGCCGGAGGAAGCUACCUAUCAACGUCUGGUGAUGUGUACAGCUUUGGAGUAGUGCUACUGGAGAUAUUGACGGGAAAAAGGCCAACUGAUUCUUUGUUCUGCAAUGGACUCAACAUCGUCAACUUCGUCGAGAGGAACUUCCCUGAUCAGAUACUUGAUAUGGUUGAUGUUUAUCUACUAGAAUCAAGUCAGGAGUAUUCUCGAGCAAAUCCAAAAGAAGAAAAUAGAGUUUUCUGGUGCUUGUUGGCCCUGGUAAAAUUGGCACUUUCUUGCACACACAUGGCCCCUGAUGAUCGACCUAACAUGAGAGAAGUAGCUACAAAAUUAUGCGAAAUUAAAAUUCCACAUAUAGGCUAAGCAUUACUAGCAAUAUAGUGCAAUUCUUUUUCUUUCAUCAAUGACUCACUAGACCAGUGUGACCUAGUAGUAUUACAAGGCAAAAACAUAAGA